AUGCCCAAAGGCAAGAGCAGGAACAACAAGCAUGUUAUACCAGGAACAGGUUAAGAAAGGGUGCCCUUCCUCUGGUAAAUAGGAAGGGUGGAAGCAUUUGUGCAAGGAGUUUGGUGCAAUUAAUUUUGUUUUGUUUUUAAAAUGCAUCCUGUCCUACUCCAAAAUAACGUUCCUCCUCUUCAUAUGGUAGCUGUCAGAUCACAAACUUCAAGGCUUGUCUCCCCCCACCCCCCCGCCGGCAAAAAGAAAAAGCUUAUUGUGCACAUGCUCCCAAACACCUCUGAGAACACUGCCAGGGUGUGUUUUCCAGUUAUGCUGGAUAAAUGUCCCUCCCCAUUCCCCCCAAAAAAACCUCUCAAACCAGAUUUGUGUGUGCAUGCAGGAAUGGCUGUGUCAUCAAUCUCAGAAACAGUCAUUUGGGCCUACCUUAAGAGAAGAAGCCUCUGCAGAGCAGAAAGCCUGGUUGCCUAGCAAUAGGCAGCCCCUAGCAACCUCAUCAUGUGUCUUGGCAACCGAUUCUGUGGCUUACAGGAAAAGGCAGGCCCUGCCAGAAAGCAUUUGCUGAGUGUGGUAAAGUUAGCAGGAGCAUUAAUAAUCCGGGUGUGUGUGUUUGUUUUACGACCAGCAUAGGGGCGUCACGAGGAAUCUGGAAAGAAUUGGGAUUUGCCGAGGAACAAUAACCAUUGAUGGCAAAAAUGAUGAGCUGGGGGUGACAGGGGGGAAUUGGAGGUGGUAGUAUCAUAGAGCUUCCUUCGUUUGUUUUCAAAAAAGUUGAAACCGUGAGCUGUAGUUGUGCUCACUAGAGCUGCCAGACCUCUGGGAUUGACUUGAAGUAUCCAGAUUUGCCUGGCCCCCUCCAGGUGGCAGGGGUAGGGCUUGAAUCUCUAGGUGGACGAGAGUGUAUUAAAAAAAACCCCCAAAAAAGCAAAAUUAAGAAUACUGUAUGUGCAGCUUGCAAGCUUCAGCCUGCAAAUUAUUGCAUAGAGUCUUGGGGGUGGGGUCUGCCCUUCUUCCCCAAUUAACCUCCACCUCUGAAAAUUAUUGCAUAGACUCUGAGAGGAUGAGGGUUUGCCUUUCUCUGCACCCACCUCCCUUCUCCCAAUUCACCAUCUCCAGGGAGGUGGUAGGGAGCACAGAAGAAGACUCACCAGGCGCCAUCCCUAGAUCUCAGGUUUGAGGCCUGAAAGCUCAGGAUCUGGGAUGCUCCUGACCUGGCAACCUUCAUGUUUACAUUCCUGUUUUCUGUACACACGCACUGCAUUCCUAGUGUGGGAUUUUUAACCCAUGUUCACACAAUGCUGUCUAAAAUGCGCAUGUAUCCUGUACAGAGCUGGAUUAAGCCCUUUAGAGGACCUAAGCACUGAAGAGUUUAUGGUCCGUCCUCCACCAUAUGUAAUUCAAAAUAAAAACAAUACUAACCUGUAAAAUAAAAUUUUCUUUUUCAAAACUUACAUGUAUGCUGAAAUGUACAUGCAUGGGACCUGAUUCCCUCGUAUUAUUUCGAUAAACGUUAGUAGGAUGCCCCUAUGGUUUAGGUGGGGAUAAGUAAUAAGAGAACAGAAAAAUGGGGGAACAGCGUGGGGUGAAGGAAAACUAAGAAAGCUGUGUUUCUCCCCAUAAUGACUGUUUUGAUGCUUAAAAAAAAUCUAUGUCAAAUUCUUUCAAAAAAAGCAUCUCAUUUCUCUUUGUGUGUGUCUCUCUGUGUGUCCCUGCUUUGCUGGUGCCCUAAAUACAUGCUUAGUCUGCCUAUUGGACAAUCCAGCACUGAUCCUAUAAAGGUAAAGGGACCCCUGACCAUUAGGUCCAGUCGUGACUCUGGGGUUGCGGCGUUCAUCUCGCUUUAUUGGCCGAGGGAGCCGGCGUACAGCUUCCAGGUCAUGUGGCCAGCAUGACUAAGCUGCUUCUGGCGAACCAGAGCAGAGCACAGAAACACCGUUUACCUUCCCGCCAGAGCAGUACCUAUUUUAUCUACUUGCACUUUGACGUGCUUUCCAACUGCUAGGUUGGCAGGAGCAGGGACCGAUCAACGGGAGCUCACCCCGUUGCAGGAUUCAGACCCUGUGUUUUAAAUGGCUCCUUGACAAAAUUCUCCCUGAAAUUUAUUUGUUAUCAAAGGGGGUUGCUAUUCCCAUGCAAUCCAAAACUCUUUUUCUCUGCCUUUAACAGAUACAUGGCAGGCAGAAAUUCAACAGGUACAUCCCCCCAACCCCACCCCACAUAGAGAUGUGGCUAUAUGGAGAAAACUGUUGAGUUUCUGUUUCCUAUGGAAGGGGAUCAGAACAGAGCAGCCCCCUGCCCUGAAGCACCAGGAAGGAGAAUCCAGUGGACUGUUGACAGUACACAGAAUGACUGUUUGCAGUCGCUUUGUAAGGUUUUGCUCCGUUCCUCCUGUCCCAGUGACCUCCAGCCUCUCCCCAGCUCUCUGUGGCCUGCUCAGGUCGGAACUGGUUUCAGAGCAGAAAGCGGUCGUGCCAUACCUGUUUUCCUGACCACUUUCCCUGUAUAAUAAUAACAUCCCCCCUCCCAAAAGUAGGAACACCGCCCCGCCAAGCCUGACUAAACCUUGAGAGCAGAAAGAGAGGUCAGGCUGAUCUAAGCAUCCACACGCAAGGAAGGACUUUCUCACUCCUCGUCUCCAAAUAGUUUGGCACCUCUUCCAAAAGGUAAGGCUUGACCUUCAGGAAUUCAGUGUGGGUGGGAAUGGGUGCUCUUCACAGCUUUGGACCACAGUUGCCAAUGGUGUGUUUUCCAUGUAUUUCUGACGGGGCUCCUGUGCCAUUAACGGGUGCAUGACAGGCUGAUGAAUAUUUUUCCAGCCGCUUUAUCUCCACACAGAAACAGCUUUCACCGGUGAGCAUUCCACCUGCCCUGCAAUGUUGUUGUCGUAAAGGCACAGAAGCCCCACUAGAAAAGAAAGUUGGCAACCAUAGCAAAAUGUACACUCCAGCUUAGGCAAAGUUCUUCCCCAGCUGUGACCCACCAUUUGAAGAUGUGUGGGGACAGGGAUGGGCUGCAGAGGGGUUGCUGGGUGCUGAAAGACUCGGGUGCAAGCCCCUGGUACAACACCACACUUGCUAAUUUUAUAUGUGCUUUCUGUCUGGGCAGAUUAAGAUGUUGGGUGACUGUGGUCUUACCAGCAUUGCGCUAAACUGCCCUGUGUGAGCAUAUUUUAUAUACAAAAGUUUCUGAAAGCAGCAGGAAAUCUGAAGCUCAGUGCAAAAGACCCAGAGCAUGGGUCCCACCCCACCCCCUGCUUUGAUUCAUCCUCCCACCCCAUUUCUGAUGCAGGUAUUGUUGCCGUUGAAAGUCCUACCCUGCGGCCUCAUCUCACCUUCCAGAAUCAUGGAGUUCUCCAAACUUCCGAAGAUUGGGGAUGCAGAAAAGGAGAGUGAGAUGGGAUUUGUGCAUGGUGUCUCUGGACCAGGUAGGUUCUCUGGCACUUGGAGAAACUUAAUAAUACCCUCCAACAACCAAAGUGGAAAAUAGGAGCAAAUGAGUUAACUCUGCAAUGAAUAACCCAAUUUUGCCCUUUGUGUAGCAAGGCAUGUUAGUAAACCAAACUGAACAUAACACUUCCUUCUUCUUUUUUUAAAGUUUGAACAGUCUGUUAAUCAACAUCUAAAACCUCUGGAUUGUGCUAACUACAAACAAGGAUAGGGAACCUGUGGUCCUCUAAGAUUUUUUUAUUGGACUCCCAUUCUCAGUAUCCCCCUCUCUUGGCUUCUAACACUUUCUGCAACAUUUGUGGUUAAAAUAAUUGGUAGUUUUGAAAGAGGUGGGGCUGGGAUUGGAAGGGAAAGUCUGCUUCUGUCUGCACUGCUAGAGUCAAGAUGGCUUUCCCCCUGGGAAAGGAGCAGGACCAUAGCUUUGCUGGGGGAAAUGGAGUGCUCCUGGAUCAAACAUUGCCAUUGGAGGCUCAGGUGACCUCAGUGGUCAGGAGUGGUUAGGAGUGUUUAGGGAAGCUUUUAAUGUUUGACGCAUUACUGUAUUUUAAUAUUUUGUUGGAAGCCGCCCAGAGUGGCUGGGGAAGCCCAGCCAGAUGCGCGGGGUAUAAAUAAUAUAUUAUUAUUAUUAUUAUUAUUAUUAUUAUUAUUACUACUAUCAUGAGUGCCUCUUUCCAGCUCUUUUUGGAGAAUAAUGACUUGGCCACUGUUCUCCAUGCUCUCUUAGCUUCCAGACUGGUUUACUGCACAGGGCUUACGUGGAGAACUGAAACACUGAGAUUUGUUUGUAUCAUGGUUUGCAAGCCCAGUUAUCUGCACAUGUGUAACUGUGGUUUAAAUUAAGGCAGAUACUGAGGGCCGGCACUAGCUGGAGAAGCAAGGAAGCAACUUGUGAUCGAAGGUGGGGUGACUCUCUCUUUCCUUCUCCCCACUGCCAGUGGUGAUUGCCUGCAAGAUGGCUGGGGCUGCCAUGUACGAGCUGGUGCGCGUCGGACACUUUGAGCUGGUGGGCGAAAUAAUCCGUCUGGAGGGUGAUUUGGCUACCAUCCAAGUCUAUGAGGAGACCUGUAUCUUUCUGGAAAGGGUGAAGAUGAUGCCUCCACCUUUUUAAGCUUGUUGCCUCCUUUGUCUCCCUUCCUCUGCCCUGAGUCUACCUGCUCCCUUUACCUCCUUCCCUCCCUCCACAGUCCCUUUCGAGACUUGCGUUUCCAUCUCUCAACCACCUUUGGGCCUCGCCUUCCUAAGACGCACGUCUCCUGUGUUCCUGGUUGCAAGGAACACCUCUGACCUUUUACUUCUACAAGGCUUUUCGUAGUUCAACGGAUUUACAAAUUCUGUCGGGGUUGUUCUCCAUGCUGCCUUUUAAACUAUGACUGGGCCAGUCCCUAUGCUGCCCCACCUUUUCCUCCCUUAAAUCUGGAGGUUCCCUGUGCUUAGAGAAUCCAAACAGGAAUGCUACAUCAAUUUAGGAGGAAGAAAAUGUAGGAUAGCAGUAGAUGGAGGGGAACGCCACAUGGUCGAGGGGGAAUCAAAGGAGGCAUGUGGGGUUCACAAACCACCUUCAGCCAAGGUACAGAAGGGCCCAUUGCACCAAUCAUUGGACUCAGCUACAUUAGUUAAAAAAAAAAAAAAAAAAAAGCGUUUCAAAUGCAUUAUAACACUAUGACACCAGAUGGCGCUGUAGAGUCCAGUCCUUCUGCAAUGUGAUUUCUCAUGAGUUUUACACUGUGUUUUCCUGAAACAAUUUUUUUUAUGUUUCUGGAUCCAACCAUUGUUUCUUCUUGUUGUUAAUCCCCGCCCCCCAGACACAAUCACGCGUAUGUAUUGAAAUCACUAUAUAUAUAUGAGGUAUGGGAGGUGUAGAAAUUUGAAAGUGGAGAUAUAACCAAAUAAUGUUUAGCACACAUAAACAGCCAGCCAUUGCUCUAACGGUGUUGUGGGGACUCUGAUUACAUUUCCAAAAAGUAAUGACUCCAUUGAGGGACGGUCACAAGGCACAAGUGAAGACUGUCCUUGGAAGUAUUAAGAGCACGAGAAAGCCCUGUUGGAUCAGGCCAAUGGCCUAUCUGGUACAGCAUCCUGUUCUCACAGUAGCCAACCAGAGACCUCAAUGGGAAACCAGCAAGCAGGACUGGAACACACAGGUUCUAAUAUUAUAAGAGAGGAAGAAAUUUUAUUCUCCGCCUGCUUUCUCCACGCCAUUCAGAAUUUUAUAAAUUCGCAUCAUGUCUCCUCUUACCUUUCCAAAAGGCAAAGUUCAAAGCAGUACCUGUGCAAAGGUAGAUGACAAUAUUAGAGUAUCUAUUUCAGGUCAGCCUGGCUGGGAAGGAACCCCAGUGCUCCCCCCUUCUGCCCUUUCUUUGCUCUCUGUUAUCAAAGUCUUUUUCCUGAGUAACUGCUACAGCGGGUGUUUGCGUGGGGGAUCCCGUGCUGAGGACGGGGAAGCCACUCUCGGUGGAGCUUGGCCCAGGCAUCAUGGGGUCCAUCUUUGACGGGAUCCAGCGCCCCCUGAAAGACAUCACAGAGCUCACCAAGAGCAUCUACAUCCCCCGGGGCAUCAACAUCUCGGCUUUGUCCAAGGACCUGAAAUGGGAGUUCAGUCCCAGUCCAAACAUCCGGGUAAGAGACACGCCAUUGGUUUUGGGACGCAACAAGGCCCUGGGCCAUAGGGAUGAGUUUUGAAACCAAGGGGGCAGUGGCCCCAGAAAGUUUGGGGAACCACUGGGCCUUAAGGUGAGCUUCUUGGCUGAGUGAAUAUUGGAAGCUGGAUCUCUUCUACCCUAAUCCAACUUUCUGUCUACUCCAGCCUGCUGGCUUGCAAUAGAAACAUAGGAAGCUGUCUUAAAUUGAAUCGGGCUAUUGGUCCAUCUAUCUCAGUAUGUAUUUCCUGGCAGUGGCUCCCCAGGCUUUCAGACAUGGGAAGUGGGUCUCUCCCAGCCCUAACAUGGAAAUGCUGGGAACUGAACCCAGGUGCUUUUGUAAAUGUUUGAUUUACAGGCUGAUGGCCAGAAAUUUAAUAAUGAAAAUGUGCAGGAGUGUGUGUGUGUCACUAAGAAAAGAACCUAUGCCUACGCUAAGGCUGAGGUUCAAAGAAGAACCAGAGAACUAAAAAACACCUGAUAGAUUAAAAAAAAAAGCUCAAGAGAUCCAGCACUUAGCUGACACUCAUGAUGCACAGAGUUUCUUUAAAGCCACAAAGACCAUCUAUGGGCCAAUAAAUCAUGGCAUAUGCCCCCUAUGCUCAGCAGACAGUAUCACACUUAUAAAAGAUAAAGAAGUUAUUUCACUGCGCUGGAAAGAACAUUACCAACAUCUCCUUAAUCACAACCCCCCCUGUAGCUACUGAGGUCCUCUCACAAAUUCUGCAAAAACAAGUUAGAGAUGAGCUUGCAGUAUCUCCAAAUCUGGGAGAGUUGUGUACAGCUAUUAACCAAAUUAAAAGCAACAAAGCCAGUGGACCUGAUGGGAUACCUGCCGAAAUCUUCAAAGUGGGCGGAAUUUGAACUUACACAACAACUUCACAAGCUCAUCGAAAAAAUCUGGGAAAGAGAAGAAAUCCCAGAAAACUUUAGGGGUGCCAAAAUUAUCAAUCUCUUUAAAAAAGGUGACAGAACUGAUUGUGGAAACUAUCGAGGCAUAGCUGAGGCCGGCAAAAUUAUUUCAAGGAUCUUAGCAAACCAUCUCAUAACAAUAUCCGAGGUGACCCUUCCUGAAUCCCAAAAUGGUUUUCAGCCUUCUAGGGGGACAGUGGACAUGAUUUUAUGGAAGACAAUCUUACUCAGCUAUGAGUGAUCGCCAAAGAAGACAUGUGUGUGUGUGUGUGUGUGUGUGUGUGUGUGUGUGUGUGUGAAUCAAUUCUGAUUUGCUGCAAUCUUCGUAAUAGUAGACUAACAUUUACUGUAGAAUCAUCGAACUGUAGAGUUGAAAUGGACCCAAAGUGUCAACUAGUCCAGCCCCCUGCAAUACAGGAAUCACGUUGUGAUUGUAUUGUGUUAUAUGUCCAUGCAAUGGAAUGUAAAUUUUAUAACGUGUAAAUCUUUUUAUAACAUUUUAAAUAGGGGCAUUUCAUUCAUUGGCCAGAAUGCUGGAAAGUUAACUCCUUAUGAAGGCUUUGGGCAGUGGACACUGCCUGUGUGUUCUCCCUUAUAUCUUCUCAAAUAAAAGGCUAGAAGCUCACUUUAAAAAGAAGAAGAAGAAUCAGACAUGCAGAAAAGUGGCUUCAAAUCCUUAGUGGGACAGUUCCCCAUAGGCAUUCCUGCGGCAACAUAGCUGUUGAUUUCAGUAGGUGUUUCUCAUACAUUUCAAAGCCAGUUUUCACACUCAUGAGGAUUAGAAGUUUGCUUUAAAUGCAAAGACAAAUGAAAGCUAAGACUCUCAGGAUGCUGAACUGUACAGCCAAUUCCCCCUUAUGUGACUUCUCUGUGCUUGUGUGAACUCUCACAGAACACAUCCAGCCCCUGUCUUGGGUCUUCUUUUAUGUUGAGAUCCUGUUGUGCUUCUUAAUCAUUUCUGCUGUUCUCCUUUCUACUUCUUUAGGUUGGGAGCCAUGUAACUGGUGGCGAUAUUUACGGAACAGUGCGCGAAAACUCCCUCAUCAAGCAUAUGAUCAUGGUGCCCCCCAGGUGCCGGGGCACAGUCACCCACGUUGCUCCGGCUGGGCAGUAUGAUACUUCGGUAGGUAGUGUUUUAUGUGUGCUUCUUCUAUGCAGAUUUAUUCGACUAAUUGGCUAAAACUUGUGCAUUAAAUUGACUGGGAGUUCUGUAAUUGGUCGACACUGUUACUUUUUAGCCAUACAAUGCAGACGUUGACAUUUUCCUAGCCUUCCCUUUUAAUAGUGAUGAUGUAAAGGUAAAAGGUAAAGGACCCCUGGAUGGUUAAGUCCAGUCAAAGGUGACUAUGGGGUUGCGGCACUCAUCUCGCUUUCAGGCAAAGGGAGCCAGUGUUUGUCCAUAGACAGCUUUCCAGGUCAUGUGGCCAGCAUGACCAAACUGCUUCUGGCACAACGGAACACCGUGACGGAAACCAGAGCGCACGGAAACGCCGUUUACCUUCCCGCCACAGGGGUACCUAUUUAUCUACUUGCACUGGCGUGCUUUCGAACAGCUAGGUUGGUAGGAGCUGAGACAGCAAUGGGAGCUCACUGUGUUGCGAGGAUUCGAACCACGACCUUCUGAUUGGCAAGCCAAAAGGCUCAGUGGUUUAGACCACAGCACCACCUGUGUCCCAUAGUGAUGAUAAUAACAGCAGUAACAAUAUAAAGCAUUUAUGUAGCCUUUUAGAGCAUCCAAUGCACGUCACAUUAGCUCAGGAAUCAUUUGAACAGCUCUGUUCAAAGGCCAUUGUCAUUCUUAUUAUUCCCACGUUGUAGAAUGGGAGGUGGAAAUAGUGAAUUUGGGCUGAAAUGGGAGAUUUUGAACAGCCAGCCUCUGGCAACUGCACCGUGGCCACUCUCACCCCUGUGCCUUUCUCCCUGAAGGAUGUGGUGUUGGAACUCGACUUUGAGGGAGUGAAGGAGAAACUCACGAUGGUGCAGGUGUGGCCUGUCCGGCAGAUCCGUCCCGUGUCAGAGAAGCUCCCGGCCAAUCAUCCGCUGCUGACUGGCCAGAGGGUCCUGGACGCCCUCUUCCCGUAAGCCAGGGGUGGAGCUCUUUCAGCACUCACAUUCAUCUUUCAGGGGCCACAUGCCAGUAAUGGGCAGGGCCAGAGGGAAAGAGGAUCCUGAUUCUCACUGCAAUUAGAUCUUCCACCAGACGCCAAACCAUUUUGGAGGCUGGGUGGGCUGGGCUUCAGAACCUUUUCCUUCCCCCCCCCCCAUUAUCCCCUCCCCCCACUUCUUCCCACAGGUGUGUCCAAGGCGGGACCACAGCCAUCCCAGGCGCCUUUGGCUGUGGCAAGACAGUCAUCUCCCAGUCGCUGUCCAAGUAUUCCAACAGCGAUGUCAUCAUUUACGUGGGCUGUGGCGAGCGGGGCAAUGAGAUGUCUGAAGUGCUGAGGGACUUCCCUGAGGUGAGAUCAGUGGAGUGGGCAGGGCUUUGUGCUGUGGGCGGAGCCAUCCUGGUCCUUUGCUCCCAAUUCCUUAUUCCUUAAGGCAAACAUAGCAUUAUUGUGCACUGCCCCAAUCUCUAGCUCUCCCCACCCCACCCCAACCCACAAACUCUUCCCUAAACCAUCACCCCCCGGCCUUCUCCUGCCCUGUAAUCACUUUGCUUCCUUUCUCAGCUGACGAUGGAAGUGGACGGCAAGACGGAGACCAUCAUGAAGCGCACCUCGCUUGUCGCCAACACGUCCAACAUGCCUGUGGCCGCACGAGAGGCCUCCAUUUACACAGGUGAGGCUGCCCUUCUCUCGCCCUGUUUUAUCAAAUGUAUAAAAAUGGCUUCCUGGCAUCCAAAUAAUCCCACUGUUAGUUCCAUGCGAUGUCAGCCUUCUCCAUGAAUGCUCCCCAGCUGCAAGGAGUGGCACCAGCCAGGCCACUCUCUGCUGGAGACAGGAUGCUGGGCUGGGUGAAUCUUUGGUACCCUACAAAAGCUUAGGCAAAACUGAAAAUGCUGUCCCCACCUCCUCCUCCUUCUCCACAGCGGCAAGAUCCACACUCCAAGGAAUGGGAUGCAUGCCGCUGCCUCCCACCCUCCCACCGCUGUCAUGUGCGGGGGGCGGGGCGGGGGCCUACCACCUGUGGCAUUUUCCUCACCUCACCUCACAGGCAGGCCCUGAGCCGAGAUCAUCUUGUGAUCUCAACCUCUUCCCUGCAUUUGGGGUAGGGAAGAGAUGUUCUCUCACGCUAUAUUUUUGGAAGAUUUCUUGUCUUCCCAGCUCUUCUGCUUGAGACACUUGCUCCUCAGAGGGAUCUCCUCCCACCCACAAUGCCUCUCUCUCUCUCCCUCUCUCUCUCUCUCUUCCUUUCUCUUUUCUGUUUACCCCACCCCAUCCAGGGAUCACACUCUCAGAGUACUUCCGUGACAUGGGCUACCAUGUAAGCAUGAUGGCCGACUCCACUUCCCGCUGGGCAGAGGCACUCCGUGAGAUCUCUGGACGUUUGGCUGAAAUGCCUGCAGGUAACCCUCUUUUUGUUUUUCGAGACUUCCCUCAUUUCCCAAGGCUAGGGGAUUUAUAUAGGGUGAGCAUGGGACAAGCAAUCCUGCCCCCCUGACUCUUAUUUAUUUAUUUGUAUUUAUGUAGAGCCUUUGUACCCCACUCUUCAGUCAGUUUAAAGACUGUCCCUGCCCACAGGCUUGCAGUCUUAAGAAAAACAUGACACACAAGGGACAGGGAGACACCAAAAACAUUAUAGUGAAGGGUGCCUUCCUGCCUGAUGUCUGUGGGCAGGGGGUUCCAAAGUGUGUAAGUGCUUCCAUACACACACACACACACAAAUGCAGAACAAGUAUUAAGUGGUAGCUGGAACAGUGCCAGUUCAGUAUAGAAUUCUGGAAUUGGAAGGGACCCCAAGGGCCAUCUAGUCCAACCCCCUGCAAUGCAGGAAUCACAACCGCAUUAUAUGUCUUUAGUCACCAGGUGAAAAUGUUCCUCUUCAACCAGGCGUUUGGCUGAUUAAUAUUCUACGGCAUUCUUAAAUGUGUUUGUGGCUGUGGGGGUUAUUGUUUUGUUUUAGCUAUUUAUUUUGUGAUUUUAUCUGGUAUCUUUAUCUUGUGAACUGUCCUGAGACCUUUGGAUGAAGGGUGGUAUAUAAAUUUUUCUACUACUACAGUGGUGCCUCAUAAGACGAAAUUAAUUCGUUCUGCGAGUUUUUUCGUCUUGCGAAUUUUUCGCCUUGCGAAGCACGGUUUUAACGGUAUUAACAGUUUUAAGAAAAAGGAAACAAACUUGCAAGACGUUUUUGUCUUGCGAAGCAAGCCCAUAGGGAAAUUCGUCUUGCGAAGCAACUAAAAAAACGAAAAACUCUUUCGUCUUGCGAGUUUUUCGUCUUGCGAGGCAUUCGUCUUGCGAGGUACCACUGUCCUACAGAAUUCCUAGCAGCCAUCUAGCCUCUGCUUAAAAACCUCCAGUGAAGGAGAGCAUCACUUUCUGAGGGAGUCCAUUCCGCUGCCCAACAGCUCUUGCUGUCAGAAAGUUCUUCCUAAUGUUUAGUUGGAAUCUCCUUUGUUGUAAAUUGAUUCCACUGAUUUGGGUCCUACUUUCUGGAGCAGCAGAAAAAAAGCUUGCGCCGUCUUCCGUGAGAAAGCCCCACAGGUAUUUGAAGAUGGCUAGCCUAUCACCUGAAAGGGACGCGGGUGUCGCUGUGGUCUAAACCACAGAGCCUAGGGGCUUGUCGAUCAAAAGGUCGGGGGUUCAAAUUCCUGCGGCGGGGUGAGCUCCCGUUGUGCGGUCCUAGCUCCUGUCCACCUAGCAGUUCAAAAGCACAUCAAAGUGCAAGUAGAUAAAUAGGUGCCGCUCCAGCGGGAAGGUAAACAGCAUUUCCGUGCACUGCUCUGGUUUGCCAGAAGCGGCUUAGUCAUGCUGGCCACAUGACCCAGAAGCUGUACGCCGGCUCCUUCAGCAAGUAAAGCGAGAUGAGCACCGCAACCCCAGAAUCACUCGCGACUGGACCUAGCGGUCAGGGGUACCUUUACCUUUACCUUUUAGCCUAUCACCUCCCAGGCUAAACACCCCAACUCCUUCAACCAUUGCCCAUAAGGCUUGGUUUCCAGGCCCUUGAUCAUCUUGAUCCCCCUCCUUUGUACCCUGACAUCAGUCACCUUCAAUGUAAGCUUUUCAGCGCCUCCCUGUCCCUUAUUCUUUGUGCACCAUUUUUUUCUUAGACUGUAAACCUGCACACCAUUAUUAUUAUUAUUAUUAUUAGUAGUAGUAGUAGUAGUAGUAGUAUACUGUCUGUCAUCUGGAGAUCACAGGGUGGUUCACAACAUAAAAAUACAAAAUGAGAUGGCCACCACUUUGAACAGCUUUGAAAGGGAAUUAGGCAAAAUCCACGGAGGAUAACCAUGGUUACUGGCGAUCCUGGCUCUGUGCUAUCUAAAUCCAGGCUGCUGUGGAACAAGAGCAGAAGAGUGCUGUUGUGCUCAGCUCCUGCUUGUAGGCAUCCCAUGGGAGGCACUGUGAGAACUGGUGAUGGGCUGCUGACCUUGUAGGACUCUUCUUAUGUUUACAUUCUUAAAUUCCAGACAGCGGGUACCCGGCCUACUUGGGUGCCCGCCUGGCUUCCUUCUAUGAACGGGCUGGGCGUGUGAAGUGCUUGGGGAGUCCAGAGCGGGAAGGGAGCGUCAGCAUUGUUGGAGCGUAAGUUUUCACCACCUCGGUGCCCUACCAAGGGUGUGGUUGGAGAGAAGUGAAGCAGGGGACUCCUAAACCUGGUUAAAGAUCUCUGAGUGGAUAAACCGACUGCCUUUCAAGCAAUUAAUUGAUAUCAUUUACUUAUUUCAACACCUCUCUAAAGGUGCUCAACGUCGGUGACAGACAAGUUUCUAUUGAGUAAGGUUUUUAAAGAUAGCACCUAUUAUCUUAAAUCCAAAACCAGGAAAAGAGAUAAGCCAUCUUCCUUCCUUACAUUGAAUUUUGCGUCACGUAAUUUCUGGUUUUUGUAAAGCUCUAGGUGUGUGGAUGUUGGUAUAUUAAAAAUAAUAUCAACGUUCUUUAGUGUUUGCAGUAAAUUUUAUUUUGUGAGUUUAGCACAGCCUCGUGUCAGCCUGGUGGCCUCUGAUAUUUUGGGCUAAAGUGUCCAUCAGCCCCAGUCAUCAAAUCCAUUCAUUUUGAUGGCUUUCUCCACCCUAGUGCCCUUCAGAAGUUUGAAACUACAUCUCCCACUAGCCCUCAGCCAACACAGCCAUUUUGCACUCCACCUCCCAUCAGCUCUCAGCUAGCAUGGCCAUAUUGGACCACAACUCCCAUCAGCCCCAGAGUCAGUAUUAGACCAGGUGCUCGGUGUUCCUAAGGUCCCAGGUUCAGGGUCCAGUCCUGCUUUCUUGUUUUAAAAAGACCUCUCUGUGGACUCAGGCUGAAUUUUACACACGCCUCCUUUUUUCAGACUUGCAAGAGGCCUGCAUUUUUAGUAAGUAGGUAUCUGUUGGUUUCAUACCUGGCGUGUGCUUGGCCACAGCUUGCCAGCUUCCAGUGGGAUCAGAUCCUCAACUGAGCUCUUGCUGGGAGUUUCAUCUCACCUUUCUCAUUGACUCCUAGGGUCUCCCCUCCUGGUGGUGACUUCUCUGACCCAGUCACCUCAGCAACGCUGGGGAUCGUCCAGGUGAGUCUCUCUCCUAGAGUGUUGCCAGCUCCUUGACACUACCUGACAUGGUCCUGCUAACUCCUCACCUCCCUUCUGGUCCUAAUAAUUCCAGGUCUUCUGGGGGCUGGACAAGAAACUAGCUCAGCGAAAGCACUUCCCAUCAGUGAACUGGCUGAUCAGUUACAGCAAAUACAUGCGGGCCUUAGAUGAACACUAUGAGAGGCACUACCCGGAGUUUGUCUCCCUGCGCACUAAGGCCAAGGAGAUCCUACAAGAGGAGGAAGAUCUGGCAGAGAUUGUCCAGCUGGUUGGAAAGGUGAGGAGGAGAACAGAAGGGUGUCUGCAGAGGGAGGAGAGAAAAAUCAUUACUCAUCAAUUUGUUUCUGUUCCUUUAAAAAUCUUCAUUUGCCUCAUUAUCGCUUCAGUGGGAUGGUAUUUGUGCCAUCACAAAUUUUUCACCAUUCCAGUUUGUUGAGACCAGGGGCCUUGCAUUGCCUGUAACCCUGGCGCUGUAGCUCUGUGCCUUGAAAGGAUUAGAGGAACCUGAUUUUGCAGUUUAUUUUGAAAAGUCACAGUGAUGCGAGUGCAAGUGGCAUUUCAAAAUCUAUUGUUAACUCAAAUCCUGGGGCAUUGGAACUCUGCAAUUGGCUAUACUCAAGUCACCCAGACUGCUAAAAUAGACAUCUUACAGGGUUUUUGUGAGUAUUCCUGAUAUAAAAUAUGUGAAGUGGUCAAAACACCCAAAAAUGGCUACAAAGCCCUGGAAUCUGUUUCCAAUCGCAGCAGGGCUUAAGCCUAGAUCACUGACUGUGCACAGUGUGCCUUGCAUUGCCGCACUUCCCUGUUGGGGAGAAAUGAAGCUGGGUGGGGAAUCUGGGAUUAUGCAAAGAAUGCCUGGAAGAAAAGGUGUAAUUUCCAGGCAGGUUUAAACCUCGGCACCUCUUCUUUUAAGCACCGAGUGUUUUGUUUGAGAGAGAUGGCAGGCAGGGCUAUUGAAGGUGCCUAGGUCCUGAUUCUUCUCUUUCCCCAACCUCGCUCUUUUCCUGCUGCUGCUCCCCAUUUAUAACUAUUGCUUUUGUCCAGGCGUCUCUUGCUGAAACGGACAAGAUCACCCUGGAGGUGGCCAAACUGAUCAAGGAUGACUUCCUGCAGCAAAACGGCUACUCUUCCUAUGACAGGUAACCCAACACCAGUCGACUCGAUAUUUGGACCUCUCUCUUUCACACAGCACUUUUGCCCAAGUUCUACUUUCCUCAUUUAGCUCUGCCAAGGUGUUGUUUUUCUGUAAUUAGCUGAAAACAGAAUUAAAGUGGAGUUCCCAACACAACACUUCAAUGCAGUACUAUAUUGUUCAGCAGGGAUGAGGAGCCUGUGGCCCUCCAGAUCAUAGAACUGUAGAGCUGGAAGGGAUUUCCAAGAGUCAUCUAGUCCAACAUCUUGCAAUGCAGGAAUCACAGCUAAAGAAUCCCUGAAAGAUGGCCGUUCAACCUCCGUUUGAAAACCUCCAGAGAAGGAGAGCAUCACUUUCCAAGGGAGUCCGUUCCACUGUCAAACAGCUCUUACCAUCAGGAAGUUCUUCCUAAUGUUUAGACGUAAUUUCCUUUCUCAUCAUUUGAAUCCAUUGUUUUGGGUCUCCAGAACAGGAGAAAACAAGCUCGCUUCAUCUUCCAUGUGACAGCCCUUCAGAUAUUUGAAGAUGGCUAUCAUAUUGCCUCUCAAUCUUCUUUAUUUUAUUUUAUUUUAUUUUAUUUUAUUUUAUUUACCAUAUUUUUUGCACCAUAACACUCACCUUUUUCCUCCUAGAAAGUAAGGGGAAAUGUCUGUGCGUGUUAUGGAGGGAAUGCCUACGGGUGGCAUGCCUACAGAUUUUCCUCCUCUAAAAACUACGUGUGUGUUAUGGUCGGGUGUGUGUUAUGGAGCGAAAAAUACGGUAUAUACCGCCCUAUACCCAGAGGUCCUCAGGGUGGUUCACAGAAAAUAUCACAAUAUGUAAAAUCAAAAUAAGAACAAUAAUCCAAUAGCCCCACCACCACCAAAAAACCCCCACAUAUUAAAAGGGCAUAGGAUGUCAGUCAGAUCAACCAAAGGCCUGGUUUAAAAAGGAACGUUUUUGCCGGGUGCCUAAAGGUGUAUAAUGAAGGUACCAGGCGAACUUCCCUGGGGAGAGCGUUCCACAGAUGGGGAGCCACUGCAGAGAAGGCCCGUUCUCAUGUUGCCACCCUCCGGACCUCUCAAGGAGGAGGCACACAAAGGAGGGCCUCAGAAGAUGAUCUCAGAGUCCGGGUAGUUUCAUAUGGAAAGAGGCAGUCCUUGAGGUGUUCUCCACACUAAGGUGUUGUUGGACUCCCAUCAGCUGCAGCCAUCAUGCCCAAAGGUCAGGGGUGAUCAGAGUUGCUACCCAACAACACCCAAAGGGCAAAAAGUUCCCUAGCCCUGUUGCACAGCAGCUCCUUUCCCCCGACCAAGAUUCUUCAGUGAUGUAUCGACAUGGGAGUGAGUCUGAUCAGCACAAAGCCUUUCCAAUGUUAAUUACUAGCUUCCUGUCCGUAGGCCCUACCCAUACUAUUUCCUUGAUUAUUCAUCCUUUCCACUUUUCUGUAGCAAAACAAAUGUAUCUUUUCUUAUUUGACAGACAUAAUGGUAUGCAGGUGAUAGGUUUGGGGAGGAACUCCCUACCUAUUGACAUCAGACAGGUGCUUUUUGACAUCUGCUAAAACAUUUUUGUUUAGACAAGCCUACCCAGAAAGUUGAAGUUGAUGUGAGUUUUAGUCUAUUGUUUUAAUUUUUCAAAAGUCUUAAAUUAUUGCCAAUUUUUCAUAUUGAUAACUUUGUCCUUCUAUCUUUUUUGCAAACCACUUUGAGAGUUGUUUUUUACAGUCAUGCGAUGUACAAAUUUUAUGAAACAAAUAACUAAGGAGGGUGCCUCCCACAAACAGCACCCCAGUAAAAAAAAAAAAUUCAAGACAUUCCACAGCACUUGCACUCUGAUUUAUUCGCUCACCACUGAGCGUGCAUUAAAGUACUUCAACGUGCUUCUCGAUUCCAGGUUCUGCCCUUUCUACAAGACAGUAGGAAUGCUCCAGAACAUGAUUGGCUUCUAUGAGUUGGCCCGCCAUGCAGUAGAGUCCACUGCUCAGUCCGAGCACAAAAUCACCUGGGCUGUCAUCCGCGAGAACCUUGGGGAGAUCAUGUACAAGCUGAGCUCCAUGAAGUUCAAGGUGAGGCUGGGCCGUCUACCUUCAGUUUAACGAGCUGAUUGCAGCUUCCCUUUUAUUUCUACCUGCCUCCAUCCUAGCAGAGGCGGUUUUAGGGUGGUGCAACCUGUGCGGUCUUACAGGGUGCUGUGCUGCAGGGGGCACCUAAACAGAGCUGUAGAACGGGGUGUGAGAGGUAUGGUGGGGAAGAGAUUUUAGUGUCACAUAGGACACUGUUGAAAUUUGAGAGCCCACCCAGAGAUGGAAAGAAGAAAAAGUCCUUACCAGAGAGGAAUGGCAAACCAAGCUGUCGGACUGUGCCAAAAUGGCAGAGCUGACCGGAAGACUCAGGAACCCAGAGGACAAAAACUUUAUAAAAGAAUGGGGGGAAAUUAUAAGUUAUUUAGGAGACCGCUGUAAGCAGAUGGAAACUUUGACAGGAUUUUGAUUCCAUUUGUACCAUGGACAAUAUGGAUUUAUAUAAUAUUUAGAGUAUGGAAGAAUAUGCAGUUGUAAAUAUUUAAAAUGGGAGCCCAUGGAGUGGGUGGGGAGAAGUCACAAGAGUUAGAGUAAUCUCUGUAUAUGGAUAUAUAUUUGGAUCUCUACAACUUUGUAUUUGUAAAAACAAAUAAAAAGAAUUACUUUUUAAAAAGAAAAAGAAAUUUGAGAGCCCAAAGUCUGCUGCUGGUCCUAGUAGCUCUUUUCUCUUUUCUUUUCUUUUCUUUCAAUAUGUCCUCAGCCUGCCAUUCAUAAAUCAUGGUUUGUCUCUUUAUCCAGGAUCCAGGGAAGGACGGAGAGGCAAAUAUCAAAGCUUACUAUGCCCAGCUUAGUGAGGAAAUGCAGAAUGCCUUCCGCAACUUGGAAGACUAA